UGCGCUCUUCUUCUGGAACGGCAUCCCUUUUCUUGCACAACUUAACCGUCUCCUUAAUUAAUCGUUUUGCCUUCGCCGUCCUGAACGCUCAACGAUGACCUGGCUGAUGAAGAGCUUCGUGCUGCCCCUGGCGCUGCUGUUCUCGUGGGGCCUCAAGGAGGAAGGCGCGCAAGCCUGCACCUGUCUCCCGAUGCAUCCUCAAGAAGUCUUUUGCCAAGCAGAUGUCGUCAUCGCAGCAAAGGUUGUUGGAGGAAAGGCUGACGGUAGCUUAAAUCCCAUCAAGUAUGACAUCCAACAAAUCACGAAUUUCAAGGGCCCUGAGAGGCUUUUUCAUGCCAUCUACACUCCAUCCAGCUCUGCCGCAUGUGGAAUCACUCUGACCAAUGGUGUCGACUAUCUACUCAUGGCCAGACUCCAGUCUGAUGGCUCGCUGUACAUCACCUCGUGUGACUUCUAUCAGCCGUGGGACAACUUGAGCGCCACGCAAAAGCGCUUGUUGCACCUCUACGGGCUGGGCUGCGACUGCAAGAUCACGCGCUGCGCCUCCCACCCGUGUGGCAUCAGCAGCCGGACCGAGUGCUUGUGGAGAGACUUUUUUCCAGUGAAGCCGGCCCGAAACUUUGCUUGCAUCAAGAGACGCGACGGCUCUUGUGCCUGGUCCUGGGAUUUUAGCUUUAAAGGCCGUUAA